AUGUCGCUAUCAAUUCCUGGGCCCUCCCAAGCGGGCCUCUUUAAGGCCGGGUACCAAAGCCACGACGCCGAAGAUGGAGCUGUCAUUCGUAACAUCGAGGCCUGCCAGGCCAUCUCGCAGACCGUGCAGACCUCCCUGGGCCCUUACGGCCGCAACAAGAUCGUCAUCAACCACCUGCAGAAGAUGAUCCUCACCUCCGACGCCGCUACUAUCCUGCGCGAGCUGGAUGUGGUUCACCCCGCUGCUAAGCUGCUUGUUAUGGCUAGCCAGCAGCAGGAUUCGGAGAUGGGUGAUGGUACCAACUUGGUUAUUGUUUUGGCCGGCGAGUUGCUCAAGAAGGCAGAGGAGCUCAUUCGGUUGGGAUUGAAGACCAGUGAUAUUGUUUCGGGUUAUGAAAAGGCACAGAACUAUGCUCUGAAGGUCUUAGAGGAUCUCGAGGUCGACCGUCUGCAGGACAUGCGCUCAGCAUCGGAGCUCAGCAAGGCUCUUCGCACAGUUGUGGCUAGCAAGCAGUCUGGCACUGAGGAUAUUCUGGCUAGUUUGGUAGCGGAGGCGGUCCUUGCGGUCCUGCCCAAGAACCCCACUAACUUCAACGUCGACAAUGUGCGGGUUGUUAAGAUUAUGGGUGGUAGCUUGGAGCAGUCUAAGGUCGUUAAGGGUAUGGUGUUUGGACGUGAGCCGGAUGGAGUUGUCAAAUCGGCUAAGAGGGCCAAGGUCGGCGUGUUCAGCUGCCCCAUUGACGUCUCCCAAACCGAGACCAAGGGUACGGUUCUGCUGAAGAACGCCCAGGAGAUGAUGGACUACACCAAGGGCGAGGAGGAGCGUCUGGAGACUGCCAUCAAGGAGCUGUACGACUCUGGUCUGCGUGUCGUUGUUGCUGGUUCCACCGUCGGCGAGCUGGCCCUUCACUACCUCAACCGUUUCAACAUCUUGGUCAUCAAGAUUCUUUCCAAGUUCGAGCUUCGCCGCCUGUGCCGUGUGGUUGGCGCCACUCCCCUGGCCCGCCUGGGUGCCCCCAUGCCCGAUGAGAUGGGUCAAGUCGAUAUCAUCGAGACUAUCGAGAUUGGAGGUGACCGCGUCACCGUCUUCCGUCAAGAGGAUGCCAACGCCGUGACUCGCACUUCCACCAUUGUGCUCCGCGGUGCUACCCAGAACCACCUCGAGGACGUCGAGCGCGCCAUUGAUGAUGGUGUGAACGUUGUCAAGGCCAUCACCAAGGACCCGCGUCUGGUUCCCGGUGCUGGUGCCACUGAGAUCCAGCUCGUUGAGCGGAUCUCCAACUUUGCUGAUAAGACUCCUGGUCUGCCCCAGCACGCUAUCCGCAAGUACGCCGAGGCCUUCGAGGUCAUCCCUCGCACUCUCGCCGAAUCUGCCGGCCUGGAUGCCACCGAGGUUCUCUCCCGCCUGUACACCGCACACCACCGCACUACCCCCGCCACAGAGGAAGAGGAGGGCAGUUCAUCCGAGGAGGAAGAACCCUACUGGACUACCGGUGUGGAUCUUGAGAUUAGUGGUGAUUCCGACGGUACUCUUGAUUCCGUGGACGAGGGUAUUCUUGACCUGUUGGCCUCAAAGAGCUGGGCUAUUCGUCUGGCUAGUGAGGCUGCCCGGACUGUGCUGAGUGUCGAUCAGAUCAUUGUGGCUCGCCAGGCCGGUGGACCCAAGCCGCCUGGUCCCAACCCCAACUGGGAUGAGGAUUAA